UAUGUACAUAGUCACAUGUCACAUGGUCCCAGUUGGUCCCAAAGUAAGAAUUAAUCGAAUCCAAUCGAAUCAAAGCAAGUAUAUAAAUCCUUGAGUUUUUGUAAGUGACUGUCAGAUAUACGUGUGAAAAUGUUGUCGAAGCACAGAGGUGCAAUUUCCGUUUUCGGAAAAUAUAUGCAGAAUAAUCUGCCUUUGAUGUUAAGCCCUAUCAACUGUCCAUGCAACAAUUUUCAACAAGUCAGAAACAUAAGAAAACAUUGGAACCCAAAGUUUCGUAAAGAAAGGGCAGCAAAGGUUAUUAAAGAGCAUUACGAUAUGAAGUAUAAAUUUGAGGAAUUGUUGCCACAGGAUUAUAUAAGGACAAGGAUGAAAGAUUUGGGACUCGUACCACAAAGAAAAUGGAAAGAGAGACCAAUUUUUUUUCAUUCUACCCCUACUAUAUUUGAAUCAUAUGUUGUGCCUGAAGGUGAUGGAAAAUUUUCUACCAUUACUAAAGAGGGAGCAAAACAAAAGAUGGAAUUUAUGGAGAAAAAGAGUAAAUCUUAUCUAGCCAUUAGGAAAAUCAAGUCAUAUGAUGAGAAUUUUACAGUAAAGCAAUUCUGCGAGGACUCGUUAGAUAUUUAUAAAAAGGCCCAUGAAGCUUUAGUCGCUAAAGAUGAAAAUGAAUUACUACAACACAUUACAGAGACCCUGUAUCCUAAAAUUAUGCAUAACGUGGAGGAUAAAACAAUCAUAUGGAAGUUCUUAGAAUCUCUGGAACCAGCACGUGUGGUACACGCAAGGUGUACAAGUUUACUUACAAAGGGAAAUAUAUAUGCACAAGCUACAGUUCGUUUUCACACUCAACAGAUUUUGUGCAUUUACGAUAGAUUUGGGCGGUUAUUACAGGGUAGUGAGAUAUUAAAAAAAGAUGUUCUAGAUUAUAUAGUGUUUGAGAAGCAUUUGUCGAAUGAGUAUGGAACUUGGCGAAUGCACGGAAAGAUUGUACCAAGCUGGAUGCCACUAGGAGAUGUAGCAGCGAAAACGUUUGUGUUACCAAAGAGUGAUGAUACCUCACCUGAAAGUGCCGCUGAGUCAAUUGCCGAGACAGUCCCUCCUGAGGUUCUAGAUGCAAGGAAUCUGAAAGAUGCAACAGCUGAGGAGAAAUGAGUACAUGUCAAGUAAAUAUACAAUUAAUGUAACCUUUAUUAUUGGUCUUUUUUUAAUAAAGUGUUAGAG